AUGCCGAUCAUGUCCGAACAGAAGGAGGAGGCCCCCCAAACUCUGGGGGAACCAGUGUGCAUGCUGUGCCGCAGGGCACAGGUCAACCCGGACAUCUGCGGGCGGACAUUUGCCAACAGUGGGCUCUGUGCCCACGAAUUCUGCUUGUUCUUUGCCGAUGGCCUUUUGGAGUGGAGAUGCCCAAUGGGGGGAAUUUUUGGCUUCUCCAUUGGUGCCGUCCAGCGCACCAUCCAGCAGGCAGACCAGAAGCACUGCUUUGUCUGCGGCGGGAGGGGAGCUACCAUCAGCUGCGCGGAGACAGGCUGUGAGCGCAGCUUCCAUCUGCCCUGCACCGAGGACGGGCAGUGCAUCACCCAAUACUUUGGGCAGCACAGGUCCUUCUGCUGGGAGCAUCGCCCUCAGCAGGCAGCGGAGGCAGCUCCGUCGCAGAACACCGUCUGCGUCAUCUGCCUGGAGCCCGUGGGGGACAGCACGUCCUACCACACCAUGGUGUGCCCCGUGUGCAAACAGGCCUGGUUCCACCGGGCCUGCAUCAGGAAACACGCCCUGCACGCUGCCACCAUGCGUUUCUUCUGCCCCGUCUGCGGAGGCAAAAGGCGAUUUCGAUCCCAAAUGACCACGCUGGGGAUCCAAAUUCCAAUCAGGCGACCAUCUUGGUGGGACGACGCAGCAUACCAGUCGCUGCGAGAAAGGCACAGGCGCUGCGAUGCCAGCAUGUGCCUUUACCGAGGAGGCAGGGAGAGGGCACAGGAAAAGGGGCUCUGGCAGCUGCUGCUCUGCAGGUCCUGUGGCUCAGAAGGCACGCACUGGUGCUGCUCCUUCUGGGCCAUGCGCGGAAACGGCUGGGAGUGCGACACCUGCGCUGGUGCGGGCACCGCAUCCCGCCCCAACUCCGAUCCUGCCAGCCCCAGCACUUCCUGCCAAAUG